CUUGCACAACAGGACUGAACUACACAACAGACUAGAGAUGAAGUUGGAUUAUGAGUUACUCACUACGUCUCCUUCUAGAAUCAACCCUAUUGGAGAAAGAGAGUUGAUUUUGCGAGGACACAAGUUGCAGCGGAUUGAAAACUUGACCUUGACCAAGGAUCAAAACGAUACUCUUGAUUUGACCAACAACUCUCUUGUUCGAUUAGAUGCAAUCCCGCAUUUGCCUCGAUUGAAAACUUUGUUGCUUUCUUCAAACAGAAUUACUAAAAUCGAUAAGGAUCUGCCAAAAUACAUUCCCAACUUGCGCACUCUAAUUCUAUCCAAUAAUCAACUUGAGGGGUUGAGUGAUUUGGACGCUUUGCUUGGGUUUGAAAAACUGGAAACUUUGGCAUUGUUGGAUAACCCUGUUGCGUCAAUGAAACUGUAUCGACUGUUUGUGGUACACCGAUGUCCCUCUGUGCGAGUAUUGGAUUUCCGUCGAGUGAGAGAACAGGAGCGAUUAGAAGCUGCUGCGUUGUUUUCGGGUGAAAAAGGUGCAAACCUUUUACUUUCUUUGUCGGCUCCAUUGUCAGUGACAACCAAGGAGUCAAAGGUAAAAACGUUUGAGCCUGGCGAAAAUCUUCCUGCAUCCUUGUCAGCUCCACGAUCGCUCGGUGCAUUGUCUUUGGAAGAAGCUGAUCGAUUGCGAACUGCUCUUAGCGAAGCUACUAGUUUGGAAGAAAUUGCUUAUUUGGAAAGAUUGUUGAAAGGAAAAGUCGCUUUGCCGGCUGGAUAUGUUGCUGGUAGUUUCAACUCUACUCAACACAAGGCUUGAGCUAAACGACCGAUACUUUUGAUUUUUAUCAUGGAAUAAACACCAUAUUUAGCCC